GCUUCCUGGAGACGAGGAGCUUUGCUUUUCAAAUGCUGCAAAGCAGCUUCGCGGUCGGACCUCCUUCCCCGGAGCAACCUGCGCGGCGGAGUCACCCUCACAGAGCUCUUUUGAUUUGAUUUGCAUCUGAAGAAGUCGACAGCAAGGCAGGAGCGGCCGCGAAGGAUGGCCCAAGUCUGGACCAGCAGUGGGAUCUGCUUCUUGUUUUAACGCCCCCUCUCAAAGAGACCCAAAUAUGGCACCACAACAGACAUUAAGGAAACGAAUCCUUUCUGGAUUCCUCAGGAAAGAACUUCUAUUCAGCGCUGCUUUCACCAUCAGGCUCGCUCUUGUCUUCUACGGAGUUUAUCAGGACAGAACGAUGCUAGUGAAAUAUACAGACGUCGACUAUCAGGUCUUCACCGAUGCCGCCAGGUAUGUCACGGAAGGGAAAUCUCCCUACCUGAGAGCUACUUACCGUUACACCCCGCUGCUGGCCUGGAUCUUAACCCCAAAUGUUCACUUGACUGAUCUGUAUGGAAAGAUCCUUUUUGUUGCUGGGGAUAUGGUUGCUGCCUACCUCAUCUACGAGAUCCUGCUGCUCAGAGGCCUGGGGGGCAGGGAGGCCUGUGGCUGCUGUGCCUUCUGGCUUCUCAAUCCCCUGCCAAUGACCGUGUCCAGCCGGGGGAAUGCAGAAUCUCUCAUCGCAAGCCUGGUGCUUGGCACCAUGUACUACGUGGGGAAGAGGCGCUUGGCGACGGCGGCUGUUCUUUACGGCCUCUCCGUGCACAUGAAGAUUUACCCGGCGACCUACGCGUUGCCAUUAGCCCUUCAUUUGCAAAGCUGCGGGAACUCCGAGCGAAGACAGCCAAACGUUUCGAAGCGGAAGCUCUCUCUCGCGGGCGACUGCCUGCGGCCUUUCUUAAGGCUGUUGUCCAGUCGCGACGUCCUGAUUUUCGGGACGGUGGCCGGUUCCACGUUUGCAGCCCUGGGCCUCGCAUUUUACCUCCGUUACGGCUGGGAAUUCCUGGAGCACACGUACCUCUACCACCUGACGCGCAGAGACAUCCGCCACAACUUCUCGCCUUACUUUUACAUGCUGUACCUGACGGCGGAAAGCGAGUGGAGUUUUCCGCUCGGACUUGCGGCAUUCCUUCCGCAGCUCCUCCUCCUGCUGGCCAUUUCCUUGGCUUAUUACCAGGACCUUGUCUUCUGCUGCUUCCUGCAGACUGCAGUGUUUGUGAGCUUCAACAAAGUGUGCACGUCGCAGUAUUUCCUCUGGUACCUUUGCCUCCUUCCACCUGUGCUGCCUCGCUUGAGGAUGUCCUGGGCGCGGGCCGGCACGCUUCUCCUGCUGUGGCUUCUUGGGCAGGGCCUGUGGCUGGCGCCAGCCUAUUUUCUGGAGUUUAAAGGGCAAAACACUUUCUUGCUCAUCUGGCUAGCCGGCUUGCUCUUCCUCCUUAUCAACUGCGCGAUCCUCGUUCAGAUCAUUUCUCACUAUUGUACGGCGCAGGUGACCAGGAAAGUGAAGCAGCGGUGAGGCCUGGCUCCUCACAAAGGAAAAAAAAUCCUGCAGGUGGUUCUCUGAGAGGAGUUAUUCAUUGAGCAAGACUGGGUAACAGCAGACAUUUUUUUAAAGUUUGGGGGGGUUUCUUUUUCGGUAUUGUCUUUGCACCAUUCUGGAAACUCUUGCCCUUUGUUUUGAGAAGGGCUAAGGCUUUAGUGAUAACGCGUCCUAAUUUUUGAGGUCUGCUUCUUCUGAAAAACGACUAUUGGUGUGUUUUCAUUUGUUACAUAAUAGGUUCCCGUUUCUACUACAUUGCACUGUUCGGAUUUUUAACGGCACAGGAUCUGGAGUCUGGAGUAGGUCAGCAAUAAACAAAAACACCGGUGUCAGUGAAGUUAACUCUUUAUUCAGAACAGCUCAGGUCUAGUAUUACAGCAACUCUUCUCUGUAGGUCUGGCCCCAACGAGGCUGUUGCAAGGACUGAAGGUCCCCCGCCUUCCCACUGCUCUCUCUGACCCCUCCUCUCCCUGGUCCUUCCUCAAGCAAUCUCAAGCUCCUUCGUCUAGUCCAGGCAUACCCAAACUUUGGCCCUCCAGAUGUUUUGGACUACAAUUCCCAUCUUCCCCGACCACUGGUCCUGUUAGCUAGGGAUCAUGGUCUAGUCCAGACAUCCCCAAACUGCGGCCCUCCAGAUGUUUUGGCCUACAACUCCCAUGAUCCCUAGCUAAGAGGACCAAUGGUUAGGGAAGAUGGGGAUUGUAGUCCAAAACAUCUGGAGGGCCGAAGUUUGGGGAUGCCUGGUCUAGUCUCUCUUUGCUCUGCCCUCUUCAUUUCUCUGUGUUUUCUGGGAGAUGAGUAGGGAGGGGAGGAGCUGGUUGCAGCAGGAGGGGAAGACUCCCUGGGUUCUUCAGCAGCCAGCCUCAUCUCUGUCUCCUGGUCCCCUUCCUCUCCAGCCUCUGAUUCUGGACUGCUCUCUGCCACAGCCUCUUCCUGCUCACUGAACCCUGUUGCGUCUUCAGCUUCCGACACCAUCUCCUCCCAGUCUGCCCCCUCUUCUCCCUCUGACCAUCAUUGUCCAGUCGUUCCACCACCACUCCCCUGACUCUUGAGUCUUCUUCCCCUGGGGGUUCCCCAGCUGGUGCCUCCCACCAUUUCUCUGCGUCCAGCACAGGUGUAAUAUCUGCAAGUCCAGGUGUAAUAUUAUAUUUGACCCCAAAGCGCCCACUGGACUCUCCGCUUAUGAAACAUCCCUUCUCUGUGUUUUGUCACUUGUGGAAAAUGCAGGGGUCUUGGUCAGGCAAGAAGGGUCUUGUCAGUGUUGGCCCCCUUGCCUACGGAAUGUUCUUUCUAGGGAGACACCUAGCACCAUUUCUGGCAGCUUUUAGGUACCAGGCUAAGCUUUUUUCCUGUUUAUCCAGGUCUUUUGUUAAUUAAUAAUGCUGUGCUGGUGGUCAUCUUUUAGACGGGUAGUUAGGACUAGAUCAUGGGUAGGCAACCUAAGGCCCGUGGGCCGGAUGCGGCCCAAUCACCUUCUAAAUCCGGCCCGCAGACUCAGCGUGUUUUUACAUAAGUAGAAUGUGUCGUUUUAUUUAAAAUUCAUCUCUGGGUUAUUUGUGGGGCAUAGGAAUUCGUUCAUUCCCCCCCCCAAAAAAAAUAUAGUCCAGCCCACCACAUGGUCUGAGGGGUGGUGGACUGGCCCAUGGCUGAAAAAGGUUGCUGACCCCUGGACUAGAUCCUUAUUUUACUGUAUUGUUGGCGCUUUAAUUUUUCUCUCCUCUUAAUUCCC